AUGACGAAGCCAGAUGCAAACCAGAACAAGCAGCAGCCGCCGCAAAAUGCUGUGGCCGUGCAGCAAGACGACGAGCCAGACGAGUGGGACAAGCGGAUCUUCAGCACCGGCUGCGCAGACGAAAACACCACCUUGACCGAUUGUUACUACGAGAAGAAAGAUUGGAGGAAAUGCAAAAACGAGAUGGGUGACAUUGGUAUCGACAUUCGGAUUCCCCUGGAAAUUACGGAUGUCUACGAUAUGCAAUCUCGCGCCCUUCAAUCGGGCUGGCGGCCCCUGCAGUCUGCGUCGUCGGCGACAUUGCAAUGUCUGCAAGCCCCGAGAUGGCCAGCCCACGUCGUGGCACGCCGCGCAGCCUCGUCCUUGACCACGGACAAGCCAGCCACCACUUCGCCAUCUCGCCCAUCGCCCGCCCCAAAGCCAACGCCGCCGUUUGUCAAGAAGCCGGCGGUGCGCACCGUCACCAAGGCGACUUCGGCAGAAACACCCACAACACCCACAAAGCUGCCCGUUAACAACACGGGUGGCCGCAACUACCAUCCCUCCUCCAUGCAAAGCAAGAUAACCGCCGAGGCCGCCGAGACCGUGAGCCCUGUCGAAGACCCUCUCCCCACGAUCCCCACACCCUCUUUUACCGGGUCUCUCGUCGGCACCACGCCCUUGAAUGGAGCCGCGACCGCCAAUGGCAGUGAAAGUGCCGACACCGCCAACAACGGCGAGGCCACGGUGGACUGGUCGUCGUCGUUCUACGGCCUGUCGGUCGAGCCCUUCAGCCCUGAGGCGGCCGAGAUCCUCAUGCAGCCCAUCGAGCUCGACGACGUCGAGAUGAAGCCCGACGGCAUCAUGUACCUGCCCGAGAUCAAGUACCGGCGCAUCCUGAACAAGGCGUUUGGGCCGGGGGGCUGGGGCCUGGCGCCGCGGAGCGAGCUGGCCGUGGGCGAGCGGAUCGUGACGCGCGAGUACGCGCUGGUUGUGCAUGGGCGAUAUGUCGCCCAAGCCCGCGGCGAGAACAACUACUUUUCCGAGGAGAACAUCCCGACAGCGGGCGAGGGCGCAAAGUCCAAUGCGCUGAUGCGGUGCUGCAAGGACCUGGGAAUUGGCUCGGAGCUGUGGGAUCCGCGCUUCAUCCGCAACUUCAAGAAAUCGCACUGCCACGAGGUCUGGGUCGAGCACGUCGUCACCAAGAAGCGCCGCCAAAUAUGGAAGCGCAAGGAUGUGGACCCCCAGUACCCUUACCAGAUGGCGCCCAAGACCGGCGCCCGCUAA